AUGUCCCAACUAUUUCAGGAAGGCAAGAAUAAAGAAGAAAUCUUUGAAAGUACCGGUGGAAACGAGGAUGACAAGACUGGAGAAGAAAACUUUGAAGGCAACGGUGGAGGCGAGGUAGGUAUUGCGCGAACAGAACUGAAACGCGAAUUUACAGAAGAAGCUAAUGGUGGGGGCGAGGUAGAUUUUGCCAAGCAAAAUUUGUGCAGAAACGAAGCCGUAUGCUAGAG